AUGUCUUUGAAAAAAAAUAGCAGAAAACUAAUCCUUGCCGUCUUGUUUCCUCUAAAGCCACACUGCCUACCUCUACUGAAGUGCCUCCCGUCACACAAUGCCUAUAAUCUUUUCAUAUCUAUCUAUCUAUCUAUCUAUCUAUCUAUCUAUCUCAGUCUGUUUAUAUCUAAGUCUGUUCAUAUCUAUCUUAGUCUAUUCAUAUCUAUCUAUCUAUCUAUCUCAGUUCAUAUCUAUCUAUCUAUCUAUCUAUCUAUCUAUCUAUCUAUCUAUCUAUCUAUCUAUCUCUGUUCAUAUCUAUAUAUCUAUCUAUCUAUCUGUUCAUAUCUAUCUAUCUAUCUAUCGAUCUAUCUAUCUCUGUUUUUAUAUAUAUAUAUAGUAUAUAUCUUAGUCUGUUUAUAUCUAUCUAUCAUUCUAUCAUAUCUAUCAUAUAUCUUAUUCUAUGUUCAUAUCUAUCUAUCUCUAUCUAUCUAUCUAUCUAUCUAUCUCAUCUAUUCUAUCUAUUAUCUAUCUAUCUAUCUAUCUAUUAUCAUCUAUCCCAGUCUGUUUAUAUCUAAGUCUGUUCAUAUCUAUCUUAGUCUAUUCAUAUCUAUCUAUCUAUCUAUCUAUUCAUCUAUCAUUAUCUAUCUAUCUAUCUCUUCUGUUCAUAUCUAUCUAUCUAUCUAUCUUUCUAUCCCAGUCUGUUCAUAUCUUAGUCUGUUUUAUAUAUCUAUCUAUCUCACUAUUUUCAUAUCUAUCUAUCUAUCUAUCUAUCUAUCUAUCUAUCUAUCUAUCUCUGCUCAUAUCUAUCUAUCUAUCUCUUCUUCUCAUAUCUAUCAAUCUAUCUAUCUAUGUAAAACUAGACAAUAUCUAUAUAUCAAUCUAUCUAUCUUAUAUAAGUCUUGCAGUUAA